AUGAAGAAGGCGUUGAAAUCGAACUGGGCUCGAGACCUUCUGAUCGACAUCGCCCGACAAGGUCCGAUCCCUCAACACGUCGCAUUCAUCAAGGACGGGAAUCGACGAUUCGCGCGAUCACGCGAAACCGGCUUUAUCAUCGGGAUCAAGGUGAUCACACUAUAUGCGUUCAGCAUCGCAAACUUCAAGCGGCCGAGAGACCAAAUCGAGGCCAUCAUGGCUCUAUUCCGAGAGCAGAUCGCCAUGUACUCUGCUCCCGGCGGAUUUGCGGAGACAGUGGGAUUUUUCGAUUCGGGUGUUGGGCCGCUUAGAGAUGUUGGACGAAAAGACUAG